AAACCUUUUCGACCUGCCAAAUAUUUCUCAAUUGAUCGGGUUUUCCGAAACGAAACAUUAGACGCCACACAUUUAGCAGAGUUUCAUCAAAUAGAAGGAGUGGUGGUGGACUACGGAUUGGCAUUGGGUGACCUCAUCGGCAUUAUCCAUGCUUUCUUUAAAAAAUUAGGUAUCACAAAAAUUCGCUUCAAACCAGCAUAUAAUCCUUACACGGAACCUAGUAUGGAAAUAUUUAGUUAUCACGAAGGCUUACAGAAAUGGGUAGAAGUAGGAAAUUCUGGUGUAUUCAGACCGGAAAUGUUACUACCAAUGGGACUACCGGAAGAUGUGUCUGUUAUAGCAUGGGGGUUAUCUUUAGAAAG